AUGGCGGAUCAGCCGCCUCGGACUACUGAGUAUGGUACACCGCUGGAUCUGGCUCUGCUGUUGGAUGUAGAAGGGAGUCAAGGGAGUUCGGUUAAGGUUUUAUCAGAAGAGUUAGGCUCCUCCCAGGAUGGAGCCGCAACCACAGUUUCAAAGGGUUUGGGUUUGGGUCAAAAGCCAUGGCUGAAGGCGGCGCAGAAGCACACAUUCACGAAACAAGCGUUUGUGGUAACAGAGAUUGAGGGGAAGCAGUGUGUCGUGGUUCCCAAGGAUGUGUUUGUUGAUGCAAAACCACUGUGGGAAGAUUUUGUCACCGGAAAGUUUCUUAAUUCAAAGGCUCCCAUUGAGAGUACCAGGCACAUAAUUUUAAACCGGGGAAUGUGGAGCAUAGGUGGUCUUCCAAUGAUCCUCUCAAAAUGGACGCCUUUCGCUGAGGAGGAACAACCAACGCUGAAGUCUGUUCCAUUGUGGGUUGUAUUGAAGAAUAUACCACACACCAUGUUUACUAACAAGGGGUUGCAGUUUUUGUCAAGUGCAGUGGGUACACCUAUACGUUUACAUCCAAAAACAGAGGCAUGCUCAAGUUUUGACGAAGCACAAAUUCUGGUUGAGGCCGAUCUCACUAAAACCUUACCCGUUGAAUACCACUUGGCUGGAGAAGAGGAGGGGGAGUUAGAUAUUGUGGUCAAAUAUUCUUAUCCUUGGCUACCUCCUCAAUGUAGUCAAUGUCGCAAAUGGGGACAUUUGCAGGCUGCCUGUCUGAAAACUGCUUUGCCAACUGAAUCAGAGGUUGUUCCAACGAUUCUAGCGGUGAAGGAGACAGAGAUAGUGGGGACUGCAGACGCUCCUGCUCAGGAGAUUAUAAACCAAUCUACAGAAGUAGUUUUGGGGACGGUUGAUGCUCAUGUUACUAAAACCAUGGAUAUAGAGGAAGCUCAGGAGUGGAUAACUCCACAGAAAACCGGUCAUAAGCCUAUGUCUAGUUCGAACAAACAGAAUACGCUGGUGCAAACUGUUGCGGUACCUGUGUUAUCUAACUCCUACUCGGUUUUGAGUGAGGGGGAUGAAGAUGAGGCAGAGGAGGAUGUUGUUCGGGCAAAGGAGGCAGCUCCACCUGUUUCAACACAUGUUGGUGAUUCUAUCGCUGUUCCUCCUGUUCUACCUUCAACUGCACCGGUGUCUGUUGUGCCUGCAGUGGGGGCAAAUGGACGUGGAGUUAAACCUACUGUAACCCUAAGAGAAUCAAUCCCACGUGCUUCGAAGAUAUCUCAUAAAUAUGUUAGCAACCCUUCUACUCAGCCUCAACGCGACCCGAGUAAGUCGGUUCGAGAUUGGGUUAAGAGGGGUAAUUUUCAGUUUGGUUGUAUUUUGGAAACAAGGGUAAAGGAAACAAAAGCUGCAGCUAUUCUUGCUUCAGUUUUUCCUGAUUGGUCCUAUUUAACAAAUUACACUUUCAAUCGAAGAGGGAGGAUAUGGGUGGUAUGGAAUUCCAGUGUCCGUCUUACGCCUUGUUACACAAGUAGUCAGGUGAUCACUUGCUCCGUCCUGCUGGAAGGUGCUGAGAAGGAGUUUUUUGUUUCGUUUGUAUAUGCAGCAAAUGGUGUUGAUGAUAGAAAAGUGUUGUGGGAGGAUUUGAAAUUUCAUCAAGACUCUCCAUUGUUCCGUAAUAAACCAUGGAUGGUUUUUGGCGAUUUUAAUGAAAUUUUGAAGGCGGAUGAGCAUUCACUCUUUGAUAUCCAGCCUAUGGUGUCACCGGGGAUGCGUGACUUUCAAGAGGUGGUGCAGCAUUGCUCCUUUAGUGAUCUGCAAUCUCAUGGUCCGAUGUACACUUGGUGUAAUAAGCGUGAGUUUGGUCUCAUUUGUAAGAAACUUGAUAUGGUUCUUGUUAAUGAUAUUUGGCUCCUUGAGUAUCAACAGUCCUACGGUGUGUUUGAGGCAGGAGGAUGCUCUCAUCACCUACAAUGCCGCAUAAUAAUUGGGGGAGACAAACCUAAACUGCGACGACCAUUUAAGUUCUGUAAUGCUUUGGUAGAUGAUGAAAAAUUUCUGCCAAUGGUUAAAGAUUUUUGGGAUGGCUCUGAACCGUUAUAUCACUCAACUUCCGCAUUGUACCGGUUCUCAAAAAAACUAAAAGCACUAAAACCACAUAUCAAGUUACUAAGUAGAGAUCGCCUUGGUAAUUUGGAAAAGCGAGCUAAAGAUGCAUUUGAGCAUCUUUGUACCUAUCAGAUUGACACCCUGCAAAAUCCUACAGACCAGACAAUGCAAAGAAAGGCGGUUGCUUAUAGUAGAUGGCUGUUUGUUUCAGGGUUGGAGGAAAAAUUUUUAAAACAGAAAUCCAAACUGCACUGGCUCAAGGUCGGUGAUGGAAAUAGCAGAACAUUUCACCGUGCAGCAAAGGCCCGGGAAGCAAGAAAUGCGAUAAAAGAGAUUCAGUGUCCGGAUGGCAGACUUGCAGAUACACAAGAGACAAUAAAGCAGGAAGCAGAGAGGUUUUUUCGUGAAUUUCUUGGCCAUAGGCUGUCAAACUACCAUGCUCUCGGUGCGGAUGAGCUGUUGUCUUUGCUGCCCUAUCGUUGCACAUAA